CGUUAACCCCGCGGUGCAUCUUCCUCGGUUUCCUCGCUUGCAUGGGCGUGACCUCGCUCAGGCUUUUGUCUCGUCAAGGGAAAUUUCAACACCGCGCCGUACUGGCUGUCGUGGUUACAGAAUCAACUUCACCCACGCUGCCAUGGCUGGACUGGCGCGCAAGAUUGUCGUCUGCGCCGCAAUUGACGGGCUUAUAAUCCAACCGCUUACCUCAAGGGGCCAGCGUCCAUUCUCGCCUGUACAGAUUCGUUACGGCGAUUCCGUUAUAUCCGAUGUGUCUAGAGAUCAUAUUCCCAAUAUUUCGCAGGAUGACGACUCAUUCGAAGCUUUCGGAGUGAUUGGCUUGGUGACUGUUUCGAAAAUCAGCUUUCUCAUCACCAUCACGCGGAGACAUCAGGUAGCACAGAUAUUUGGUCACCCGAUAUACGCAGUUACCGGAGUUGCUAUUACACCAUGCUCUUCCAAAGACCGGGCAACCAAGUCGAUCCGAAAAACGUCCCGCCAGCUGGAGAGCCAGCCCCCAUCUUCUGACGGCGAACAAACUGAAAGCAGUGAUGAUGAGGUUGAAAUACAUGGACUUCCUGACGAAGUAGACGAUGCUGUGGUAGAUGUGCCAUCCCCCGAACGCUCUGCCCGCAACAGCAUUGCCGAAGACGUCUUCCGAAGGCGUGGAAGCUACGGAAAGUUUGCUCAGCGUUGGUUUUCCCGCGAUGCUUGGAGUACAGGGAAAAAGAGUGCCAUGGGCAUACCUGAAGCAUCCGCCGCGCCGCUAACAGACACCACAAGUGUGGUUGAUACACGCAAGAUACCCGAGGCGAAUGAGGUGGCGACGACGAGUCUUCUACCGAAGCUGAUUCACGCCAUGUAUGUGCUCUUUGGUUCUUCAAAAAGCUUCUAUUACUCGUACGAUAUCGACAUUACGAGGAGCAUUAUGGGAACACCUCUCAAAGAUAACGUGGAGAAGCCCUUGUAUACUGCAGUUGAGGAGGACUUCUUCUGGAAUCGAUCCGUCUUGGCCCCGUUUAUAGAGGCACGACAGGAAGCCCUGGCACUCCCAAUCAUGCAGGGCUUUGUCGGACAAAAGUCGUUUACGGUGGAUAGCAGCCCGCCACAAGUGGACGAGCCUGCAGUGGAAUCGAUGGAGAUGCGAACCCUUUCCCCCGCCCGCGAUCCUGAAACCGAAAAGACCACCCCAGAUGCUUCUAAGCGACGAGAAUCGGAGAGAACAUAUUUGCUUACGCUCAUAUCCCGCCGUUCCACUCAGCGGCCCGGCCUCCGAUAUAUGCGACGCGGCAUUAAUGAAAAUGGCUAUACCGCCAACACGGUUGAGACAGAACAAAUAUUAUCUGGCGAAAACUGGGAGAGCAAGCGGCCAAUCCAGUCGUUUGUCCAAAUGCGAGGAAGCAUACCUCUUUUCUGGUCACAGACACCGUACGCUCUCAAGCCCAUUCCUGUCGUUCAGCACUCUCCAGAGCAAAACUACAGGGCCUGCAAGAUGCACUUUCAGCGUAUAAUCGAUAGAUACGGCCAGAUACAAGUCGUAAAUCUGGUGGAGAAACACGGCAUCGAGGCGCCUCUUGGAAACCUGUUUGAGCAAAAUGUCGAGACUCUGACGAAAGAGCUGGGAGACUCCGAGUUGUCAUUUGAAUGGUUCGACUUCCAUCAUGCCUGCCGCGGUAUGAAGUUUGAGAAUGUUAGCGACCUCCUUUUGCGCGUCAAGGACCGCCUUGAGACCUUGGGAAGCACUGUUCAGGCUGAUGGAAAGGCGUCGCAUACUCAAUCCGGAGUCUUUAGAACCAAUUGUAUGGACUGUCUUGACAGAACAAACGUGUGCCAAAGCUCCUUCGCCAAGCAUAUGCUGGAAUACCAGCUGAAAGAGGAUGGUAUCGACAUGAGCGCCCAGAUCGACCAGCAGACAAUGUGGUUUAAUGAGCUUUGGGCAGACAACGGUGAUGCCGUGUCGAACCAAUAUGCAUCCACAGCCGCCAUGAAGGGUGAUUAUACCCGAACGCGCAAGCGUGACUAUAGAGGCGCUCUUAAUGACUUGGGUCUAUCGCUCACACGCCUCUACAAUGGGUCCGUUUUGUUGUAUUCCUCUGUCAUGUAGCUCAGCUAACCCUUGUUCACUACAGUAUGGUAAACGACCACUUCAGCCAGGCCGUGAUCGACUUUUUACUGGGCAACGUGACCGGCAAAGUAUUCGACGAAUUUGAGGCCGACAUGAUGACCAAAGACCCAGCAGUCUCCUUGGUCAAGAUGCGUGAAAGGGCGAUUGAGCUGUGUCAGAAGCGUGUGAUUGCCGAUCUCACGGAGGAGGUUCAUGGCGGCUGGGUGCUCAUCAGCCCGGAUAGCGCGGAUACACUCAAGUCUGUUGUCAUGCAAGAAAUCGUGCUUGUUCUAACAGAUGCAGCGUUAUAUCUUUGCCGAUUUGACUGGGACUUGGACAAGGUGUCCUCGUUUGAGCGGGUAAAUCUGGGCAAGAUCACAUCGCUCAAGUUUGGUACAUACAUCACGUCCACCAUUUCGCCAUCGCACACCGAUGAAGAGCGCAACGUAGGAUUUGUGGUUACGUAUGAACCGAGCAAAACGGAUGUGGUGCGAACUAAUACCCGAACGUUGUCUUCCAAUGGCGAUCUUGUCACGCCUACGGCAACACCAACAGAAGCACCACCCAAGAGUGAUAAGCGGUCCAGCGCCUUAUUUACCAGCUUGUUUGCAACACGUGAAUCUCCCAUAUCUCGCAGCUUUGCAUUUAAGGCACCGUAUAUAGACUCCUCUACAGCUGCCAAGUCAUCUGUUCCAACCCAGACUGAGAUUCAGCAAGUUGUCACCAUCUGCGCAGACAUAGAGCGGCUGGUGUUCCAGGCGCAGCGCAAGCCAGCACAGGAUGGAAACAGCACCAUCAUUGAAAAGGGGGACAUUAUCUCGCUAGAUGCGGCCAAACGCAACACGACAUUGUUUGAGCAGCUUGGCCACUCGCUCAAGAGACUAGUCUGGGCAUAGAGAGAUCUUACAAAAUAGUUGGACGGAAUUUUAUGUGAUAAUGAAUAGUAUUAAUAAUAGCAUUUAUCUUUUUU